GUCGUAUUAUUUAUACAGAGAGAAAUUCGGCAAUUAAAUCGCGCUUAACGUACGAAUAAAUCACGGAUUAAAAAAAAAAAGUUAAAAAAUCAGUGAACGUUAAAAGAAAUAUCUGAGAGAGGGCGCUGUUAAUUACCGCUUUUGUGAAAAGUUUCGAAUGAACGAAAGAAUAAUGUCGGAAGGGAUAAUGUAAAUAUAUUGAGAAAAGUACAAUGGAAUGCCCACAUUUGGACGACUGCGUCAAAAUAACAGUUCCUCCUCAAAUUAAAGAAAGUGAUCCGUACGAGUGGUACUGUUUCGAAUGCAAAAUAAAAAAAAGCCCUUGGAUGUGUGUUCAGUGUGGAAUAGUAAAUUGUGGAAGGUAUGUAAAUGGUCAUGCAAAAGCCCACCAUGAGGCAAAUGAAGAACAUAUGGUAUGCAUGGAUUGUAUCAAUUAUGCUGCUUAUUGUUAUGUCUGUGAUGAUUUCGUUGUGAAUGAUACCAAAUCUGGUGGAUUAGAUCAGCUAAGAGAAAGAUUGCAAGAAUUUAAUAAUUUAGAUUCCCAGAAAAGACUAAAGAGACAAAAUAAUGUAAGCAGCGGAACAGAAAAUGCUAGAAGGAAGAAAAGCAAAAAGGGAAAUGGGAACAAGAGUUAUUGUAAAACUCGAAUUUCUGGUUUAAGAAAUCUAGGUAACACAUGCUUUAUGAAUGCUGUUUUGCAGUCAUUAAGCAACAUACAGCAAUUUUCUUGCUACUUCAAACAGCUGCCAUCUCUUGAGCCAAAAGUGCACAAAAAUGGUCGGAAAAAUAAUCAUGCGCGGAAAUGUAAUGGAGGUGACGAAAUAUUAUUAGCAGAAGAAUUGAGAAAAACAUUAAUAUCUUUAUGGCAAGGAAGCAAAACGGCAAUUUCUCCUGAAUCGCUGUUUGCUGUAAUUUGGAAAGUUGUUCCUAGAUUUAGAGGGUAUCAGCAACAAGAUGCUCACGAAUUUCUUCGUUACAUGCUAGACAGACUGCAUAUGGAAUUGUUGAAUAUAUUGUCAUAUCCUGCACAUAGCAACAGUAUAUUUAUAGGUCCAAAAGGUAAAGCAACAAUUGUCACGACAAUAUUUGGCGGCAUAUUACAAAAUGAAGUGACGUGUUUAGUUUGUGGAACAGAAUCAAAGAAGCACGAUCCUUUCUUAGAUUUAUCACUCGACAUUCCUCAAACACUAAUGAAUAAAACAAAGUUAAAAGAAGAAGAAACAUCUCUAGUACAUUUAUCAGAUUGUCUUAGUAGUUUUACAGAAUUAGAAGAAUUGGCAGAUAGUGAAUUAUAUCACUGUCACACUUGCAAAGGCAAACAAAGAUCCACUAAAAGGUUUUGGAUUCGACGCUUGCCAAAUGUGCUUUGUCUACAUUUAAAACGAUUUCGAUGGAAUACCUACUUUAGAACAAAGCUGGAUACUUACGUGAAAUUUCCAAUUAAAGGAUUAGAUAUGAAUAAAUUUAUGCUUUCCAAUAUGCACGAAACACGUGGAACAUCGGGUGGCAGUACUCUGUACGAUUUGGCGGCUGUGAUAGUACACCACGGUUCUGGGGUCGGUUCCGGUCAUUAUACCGCUUAUGCAACUCACGAAGGCUGCUGGCAUCAUUUUAACGAUAGCACAGUCACCUUGAGCGACGAAGAGACCGUAGCCAACUGUAAAGCGUAUAUUUUGUUUUACAUUAGACGAGAAGUCAACUUGACACCCUUUAGCCUAUAGGUUGGAGUGAGAUUCCGGAGACGAAACUCUUGCACCAAAUACUCUUAACGACCAAAACUCGGCCGAUUCUCGUUCCCAUUAAUCGGAGGACGAAGUGCCACGUUGCCUAGAUUCCACAUCCACUCUUAGUAUAGAUUGGUACAAUCUUCCCUUUCUGCCGCACACACAAAAAAAAAGUGAGAUUACAACACUCCAAAGUCUGUGUUCGUCAUAGUGUACAUUAACAAAAUCCUCCCGUUUGGAGCGGGAAGCUUUUACUGGAAAAUUCAGUGUCGUGUGCUUUUCUGCAACCGUCUGUGCCGUUCGAAAUGUGUUUGCCAUUUCUCUCAUCGAAGAACGAUACGUUAUUUUGUAAUUUCCAUCCAGUUAACAUAAAGGUGCCAAGCGAAGAUUUACUCAUUACAACUACAGACGGGGAAUAAAUAUGUAUUUAAAAAAAAAGGAAAUCUUAUCGGGCAUCCAUUCCCUUAAGUGUAAAUCAGUGUCGAUCGUUUUUUGUGCAAGUUCUCGUUUUAUGAUCUCUACGCCUCUGGCAGGCUGUUUUUUUAAUGGUGUGAAGACGACGUCGUUCGCUGUCGAUUUCAUUAUACCUUCGUUAGACAUUAUUAUUAUUAGGCCGCGUGGAGUAUCGAUCGGAGGACGUGUGGAAAAAAGUGUUUCCAAGAUAUUCGCUUAUCGUCUAGCACCCGAAAUAUAGUUUGGUAUUUAAAUGCAUUUGGUUUAAAGUAAUCUUAUUUUUUAUAUUUCGUUUAUAAUUUUAAAAGUAUUUAGCGAAUCUUUGGAGUGCGGCACCAAUUUUUAACUAUAUAUAUAUAUAUAUAUAUAUGGUGUGUGUGUGUGUAUGUAUAUAUAUAGUAGACAAUGCUCGCUUUCCACUAGGGUGGAAGAUAAGAGGGAGAAGUUAAACAGUAUUGUAAGGUUUUUUGACUCGCAAAAUUUUUUGUUAUUAAAUCUGAUUCAUUUGUACUUAGAGCUCAUUUAGAAUUUUCCUUGGGUUUUCUUUACGUUUAUAAAUUUAAAACAGUCGAAUGGUUCGGGUGUUAAAAUCCCUACACCGAAUUUCGAUUAAUUCUAGAUUGACGUGGAGGAGAGAAUCUUGUGCAUUUAGACUGGUUUAAAAUAAACAAUAAAUUUAUUUAAUAAUGUA